CAAGAAGCAUUUGGACAACACUCUCAGGCACAUGGUGAGACCCUUGGGGAUGGUCCUGGCUGGGGCCAGGAUCUGGACUUGAUGACCCUUGUGGGUCUCUUCCAACUCAGCAUAUUCUGUGAUUCUGUAUGACUGUUUUGGAGAACACCUAUAUCACUAGCAUGCAGAUACAAUGCCUUGUGGUAAAUGCAGUAUUUCUUUCCUUAAGGGCUUUCAUAAGCAUGCCAGUCACAUCAGAUGACCAAAUACCUGGACAGCCUUAUGUUUUUUUUCUGGUGUGCUGGAUCUGCUAAAAUGCAAAUCAUUGCCUCAACACAGCAGAAAGGCCAAAAGAGACCAUGUGACUUCAGAUGUGAAACAGGCAACUUCAGCCCAUCCCUUUCUCUCUGCCUGAGAUUCAGGAGGCAUGGUGACAAAACAGCUCUGCUACAGCACACGUACAGCACAGCUGGAGGGCUGCAGCCAUGAGCUUUCACACCAGCUUGGACGAUGAAAACAGCAUUUUCCCCUGGCUGUUUCUGAAGAGCAGCGUUCAAGAAAUUUCCUCUCGGGAAGCUGUAUAAGUAGGUGAAGAGCAAGUGCAUUGCAGCUCCUGAGCUCCAGAGCCCCAGAGAAAAUUGGAGCACCUGUUCUGCAGAGCUGACCCCUCAGGAGUUGCUUUCUCUUAAAAAAAAGAAUCUUCUAAAGGUACUCUUGUAGAAAAAAUCUCGGUAUUGCUGACGCAGAAAGAAUAAAAAGGUAUAUUGCUCUUUCCAGCUUCAUUCCCUCAGCAAUACACAGAAGCAAAUCCAUCACAAAACCAUGUUAUAGCAUCUCUCAGUUCUCUGCAGUCCUCAUUUCCAAAAGAAAACAAUUCUAAAGGAAAUCUGUGAGUCACAGUAAACUAAACAAUGGAUAAGAUGGCAUCAAAGGAAAGCCUCUGUCAUUGGAAGCAUCCACCCAUCCAUCCAUCUGAUCUUUAUGCAGGAAACUGUUCCUGUCUCAGCACCUCUACAACUCCAUGUACCUUCUAAGACAUGUUAUGGGAAGAGAUCAUAGCUACCUGUUCACAAAUAUGGUUGAGAAAGGGCCCAGAGGAAAAAGGGGUUCGACCACUUUGGACAUGGACGAUAAAAUGGUCCUUUAUUGAAGGGGUAACUCGGCUUAUAUAGGGAGUGCUAGGGAAGAGCUGAGGAGCCCGGAGGGGUGUAGUCCUCAUCACUGAAGGAACAGCACAGGAAAUGUGUGUAAUGCUAACAGCUGAGAGGAACAUGCUCCAUAUCAGCAGCAAUUAAAACGGAUAGGCAGCAGCAUUGGAACCAUGGGGUGCAACAGAUCUGUACCUGACAGAAGGUCAGAGAGAGUCAUUAAAGCCGCCAUCCUCAUCCAGAAGUGGUACCGCGCAACAAUGGCCCGGAUAGAGAUGAGGCGCCGCUAUUCUCUGAGUAUCUUCCGGUCAAUCGAAUAUGCUGAUGAACAAGAUCAACUACAGCUAUCCAAGUUUUUUUCAUUCAUGCUGGAUCACUAUACUAAUCUUGAUUCAGUUUCUCCCAUUUCCACCAGCCCUACUGAUCCUCAGGUGGUGGGUGAAUGCUUACGUAUAACAGAAUUUGAAGAGAAAAUUGAUGUUCCAGACUCAUAUUAUGGGCCACGACUCUCAUUCCCCCUUACUGUUGGAGAUGCCAAUGCUCUUAUUCAUGCUUUCAGGAAUAAACAGAGGCUUCAUCCCCACUAUGUACUGCAGCUACUGUGUGAAACCAGGAGAGUUCUCAAGUUGAUGCCAAAUAUCACCCAUCUUUCAACUUCCUACUCCAAGGAUAUAACUAUCUGUGGAGAUUUACAUGGAAACCUGGAUGAUCUUUUGCUGAUAUUCUAUAAGAAUGGUGUGCCUUCAGAACAAAACCGUUAUGUCUUUAAUGGUGAUUAUGUUGACAGAGGGAAAAAUUCUUUGGAAAUACUUAUAAUCUUAUUUGCAUUUUUUCUUAUCUACCCCAAUAAUAUAUCCUUGAAUAGAGGAAACCAUGAAGACUACCUGAUGAACCUGAGAUAUGGCUUCACAAAAGAAGUUUCGAGUAAGUACAAGGAACACAGUACACAGAUUUUGUAUCUUCUGCAAGAUGUCUUCAGCUGGCUACCCCUUGCCACUAUAAUUGAUAACAAAGUUCUCAUCCUACAUGGAGGGAUUUCAGACACCACAAAUUUGGAUUUCCUGAAGGCACUUGAAAGAAAUAAGUUGAAAUCUUUGCUACAGCCGCCCAAGUCAGUGGGAGGCAGACACGACCAGAAGGAGGGAAUUUCCACAACUGGCCUCAGUAAACACACUGCCAAUCAGCAUGAUGCUGGGAAGACACAGCAUGACUCUUCAUUGAGCUCCACUGAGCCUUCAGGCUCAACUUUACCUGCAGGCCCCACCCAGGAGGAAUGGAAACAAAUGCUUGAUGUUCUCUGGAGUGACCCAAGAAGCCAAAAUGGUUGUAAACCAAACAAGAGUCGAGGAGCAGGCUGUUACUUUGGUCCCGAUGUCACUGCCAAGAUCUUUCAAAGGUAUAAUCUGAAGAUUCUCAUCAGGUCUCAUGAAUUUAAGCGGGAAGGUUAUGACAUCAGUCAUGGUGGGAAGGUUAUCACUAUCUUUUCUGCCUCUAACUAUUACGAAGAGGGGAGUAACCGGGGAGCAUACGUCAAACUGGACCCUGAACUAGUUCCUCGGUUUGUACAGUUUCAAUCCAGCAAGCACACACGCAGUCUGAAUAUUCUGGAGAGGGUGGGUACAAUUGAAUCAUCUGCCUUAAAGUCCUUACAGGAGCUGAUUUAUGCUCAUAGGUCUGAGCUCAUUAGUGCUUUUGCACAAUACGACCUCAAUGGCACAGGCUGCAUUUCUGUCCCUGACUGGGCUGCAGCAAUGGAGUCUGUCCUAAAGCUGGAACUGCCCUGGAGGAUGCUGCGGCCUCGGUUAGCACAGAUGAACCCGGAUGGACAAGUUGACUUCAUGUCAUGUUUUUAUGAUUUGAAAAUGGAUCAACCUAUAAAAGAGGCUCAGCCAGCUUUGGUGGAAACACUGUGCAGAUACAGAAAGGAUUUGGAGAUCAUCUUUAACAUCAUUAACAAAGAUAACUCGGGUCUGAUUUCUCUUGAGGAGUUCAGCCAGACAUGGAGACUCUUCACCUCUCACCUGGGAAUUGAUGUACAGGAUGACUCCCUUGACAAAUUAGUCCUGAGUAUAGACCACAACAAAGAUGGCCACAUUGACUUCAAUGAAUUUUUAGAGGCCUUUCACUUUGUUCACAGAGUCGAGGAAAGGGCAAACUCAUGAAAAGGCAGAACUUGUGAGAGCUGUCUUGGAAGCUCACCUUCCUGUCCUUAGUCAUAAAAGGGCUGCUCGAUACAGUAUGAUACGAUAUGCACUGGGGUCACUGUGUAAGCCUUUAUGUAGUCCCUCCUGGAUGAUAUGUACCUGCAAUUAAUGAGACAGAAGAGAUGAAAACCCACUAACAGCAUUCCUGUGUCACUGCCACACACUGCCAGUACCUUACAACUUACCCUCCCCCAUGUCCCCCAUUAAUCUAAUCCGUGAACACUGCCAAGGUCACACCUUCAAUAGUGUAGGAAGAGACUUGGGUUUAUUUCUCUCAGUGGUCCUUGGCGACACCUGAGAGCACUGGUGACCACAAGGAACAUAUCAGACCCUCCUUGGUUAUGAAACAGGCACAAGAGACACUGACUAUGGAGUGUCCAGUGCAGGAAAGGAAACCAAGGAAGAACCAUCUAGUUAAAAUAGGUUGUUCUGCAUUUAAAUUUGCUCUUUGGGUGACAGAGUGGAACUAAAUCAUUCCAGGUCACUGUCUAUCCCAGCUUUACAGACACAACUUACAGGAUCUUGGUUGAAAGGUGUUUACACUUGUGCUAAGUUUCCUCUUACGACUGGUAACUUUUUGUCACAUUUGUUGGAAUUUGGAGCUAAGAAACAGUCAUAACUCAUCACCUUAAUGGCGACUAAAUCCACAGCAUGUUAAUGUAACAUACGAAAGAUCACAAAAUAAAGCUUUAGCUUUCUGAGUAA